CAGAAAGUCCCAGGAAGCCCGGUUGUGUCAUCGCCGCGAUUCGGCCCCCGCUUGGCCUGCUCCCGGCGCCGGCGGCGGCGGGGCCGCGGAAGGACCGGGCCGGGGGUGGACGGGAGAGACGCUCGAGGGCGGCCGCGGCCGGAGGGACCGGGGCCUGGCGGGAGGUUGGGGUCGCUGGGUCCCUCCUCUGGCUUCCCGCAAUGAGGAGGGCCCUUCACAGAACCGGGGUAAGGCUUGCGGGUGUUGGGGAGCUCGGCGGGGACCAAGGGGGGCCGGAAGUGGGCUUUGGAGCUUGGAGGGUGUCUGGGAAGAGAGAAAGUGGGGGGCCGGAAGUGCAGGUGGGGGGUGUGAAGACGGCAAGGGUUCCCCGGAAAUGGGACGAGGGGCCCGGAAAUCGGGAAAGGGGAGGCUCCGGGGCCGUGGACGGCCCGGAAAUGGAAACUAGGAAGCAGCUCCAGUGACAACAGUUGUGGGAAGCGAGGGUCAGAGGAGGGAGAGGCCAGAGUGACUUUAGACCGCAUGAAUGGUAGUGUCUAGAAAGGGUAUGUCCCUUCAAGAGAGAGGUGCCAAUGUCCAACCGGCCUAAUAACAAUCCAGGGGGGUCACUGCGACGUUCACAGAGGAACACUGCCGGGGCCCAACCACAAGACGACUCAAUAGGAGGAAGGUCACAUUUAGGGCAGGCAAAACAUAAGGGAUAUAGCCCUCCUGAGAGUAGAAAAUCUAAUUCUAAGGCACCCAAAGUGCAGUCUAAUACUACUUCUGAACUGUCAAGGGGACACCUUUCUAAAAGAAGCUGCAGUUCAUCAUCUGCUGUGAUAGUUCCACAACCAGAGGAUCCAGACAGAGCCAAUACUUCAGAAAGACAAAAAACGGGGCAGGUGCCUAAGAAAGACAAUUCUCGAGGAGUGAAGCGCAGUGCUAGUCCAGACUACAACAGGACCAAUUCUCCUAGCUCUGCAAAAAAACCAAAAGCACUACAGCAUACCGAAUCUCCCUCAGAAACAAAUAAGCCACAUAGUAAGUCAAAGAAGAGACAUUUAGACCAGGAGCAACAACUGAAAUCUGCACAAUCACCAUCAACAAGCAAGGCUCAUACCAGGAAGAGUGGGGCCACUGGCGGUUCACGGAGUCAGAAAAGAAAAAGGACAGAGAGUUCUUGUGUAAAGAGUGGCUCCGGGUCUGAAUCAACUGGUGCAGAAGAGAGAUCUGCGAAACCUACCAAGCUGGCUUCAAAAUCAGCCACCUCAGCCAAAGCUGGGUGUAGCACCAUCACUGAUUCUUCUUCUGCUGCCUCUACUUCCUCCUCGUCUUCUGCUCUAGCCUCGGCCUCCUCCACUGUACCACCAGGUGCCAGAGUGAAACAAGGAAAAGAUCAGAACAAGGCCAGGCGUUCCCGUUCAGCAUCCAGUCCCAGCCCCAGAAGAAGUAGCAGGGAAAAGGAACAGAGUAAAACUGGUGGCUCUUCAAAAUUUGAUUGGGCUGCUCGUUUCAGCCCUAAAGUUAGCCUUCCUAAAACAAAACUGUCUCUUCCAGGGUCUUCUAAGUCAGAGACAUCAAAACCUGGACCUUCUGGAUUACAGGCCAAAUUAGCAAGUUUAAGAAAAUCUACGAAGAAACGCAGUGAGUCUCCACCUGCUGAGCUCCCCAGUUUGAGGCGGAGCACACGCCAAAAGACCACGGGCUCCUGUGCUAGUACCAGUCGGCGAGGCUCUGGCCUGGGCAAAAGAGGAGCAGCUGAAGCUCGUCGACAGGAGAAAAUGGCAGACCCUGAAAGCAACCAGGAGGCAGUAAAUUCUUCAGCUGCUCGGACAGAUGAAGCUCCCCAAGGAGCUGCAGCCUCUAGUUCUGUUGCAGGGGCUGUUGGCAUGACCACCUCUGGGGAGAGUGAAUCAGAUGAUUCCGAGAUGGGACGUUUGCAAGCUUUGUUAGAGGCAAGGGGUCUUCCCCCUCACCUAUUUGGUCCUCUUGGUCCUCGGAUGUCACAGCUUUUCCAUAGAACAAUUGGAAGUGGAGCUAGUUCUAAGGCCCAGCAGCUACUACAAGGAUUGCAAGCCAGUGAUGAAAGUCAACAGCUUCAGGCAGUUAUUGAGAUGUGUCAGUUACUGGUCAUGGGAAAUGAGGAGACACUGGGAGGGUUUCCUGUCAAGAGUGUUGUUCCAGCUUUGAUUACGUUACUUCAGAUGGAGCACAAUUUUGAUAUUAUGAACCAUGCUUGUCGAGCCUUAACAUACAUGAUGGAAGCACUUCCUCGAUCUUCUGCUGUUGUAGUAGAUGCUAUUCCUGUCUUUUUAGAAAAGCUGCAAGUUAUUCAGUGUAUUGAUGUGGCAGAGCAGGCCUUGACUGCCUUGGAGAUGUUGUCACGGAGACACAGUAAAGCCAUUCUACAGGCGGGUGGUUUGGCAGACUGCUUGCUGUACCUAGAAUUCUUCAGCAUAAAUGCCCAAAGAAAUGCAUUAGCAAUUGCAGCUAAUUGCUGCCAGAGUAUCACGCCAGAUGAAUUUCAUUUUGUGGCAGAUUCCCUCCCAUUGCUAACCCAAAGGCUAACACAUCAGGAUAAAAAGUCAGUAGAAAGCACUUGCCUUUGUUUUGCACGCCUAGUGGACAACUUCCAGCAUGAGGAGAAUUUACUCCAGCAGGUUGCUUCCAAAGAUCUGCUUACAAAUGUUCAACAGCUGUUGGUAGUGACUCCACCCAUUUUAAGUUCUGGGAUGUUUAUAAUGGUGGUUCGCAUGUUUUCUCUGAUGUGUUCCAACUGUCCAACUUUAGCUGUUCAACUUAUGAAACAAAACAUUGCAGAAACGCUUCACUUUCUCCUGUGUGGUGCCUCCAAUGGAAGUUGUCAGGAACAGAUUGAUCUUGUUCCACGAAGCCCUCAAGAAUUGUAUGAACUGACAUCUCUGAUUUGUGAACUUAUGCCAUGUUUACCAAAAGAAGGCAUUUUUGCAGUUGAUACCAUGUUGAAGAAGGGAAAUGCACAGAACACAGAUGGUGCGAUAUGGCAGUGGCGUGAUGAUCGGGGCCUCUGGCAUCCAUAUAACAGGAUUGACAGCCGGAUCAUUGAGGUAGCAGCCCAUCAGGUCGGUGAGGAUGAGAUAAGCUUGUCCACUCUGGGACGAGUUUAUACUAUUGAUUUUAAUUCUAUGCAGCAAAUCAAUGAGGACACGGGAACAGCACGUGCCAUUCAGAGAAAACCUAACCCGUUAGCCAAUAGUAACACUAGUGGAUAUUCAGAGUCAAAGAAGGAUGAUGCUCGAGCACAGCUUAUGAAAGAGGAUCCGGAACUGGCUAAGUCUUUUAUUAAGACAUUAUUUGGUGUUCUUUAUGAAGUGUAUAGUUCCUCAGCAGGACCUGCGGUCAGACAUAAGUGCCUUAGAGCAAUUCUUAGGAUAAUUUAUUUUGCGGAUGCUGAACUUCUGAAGGAUGUUCUGAAAAAUCAUGCUGUUUCAAGUCACAUUGCUUCCAUGCUGUCAAGCCAAGACCUGAAGAUAGUAGUGGGAGCACUUCAGAUGGCAGAAAUUUUAAUGCAGAAGUUACCUGAUAUUUUUAGUGUUUACUUCAGAAGAGAAGGUGUAAUGCAUCAAGUAAAACACUUAGCAGAAUCAGAGUCUUUGUUGACAAGUCCACCAAAGGCGUGUACGAAUGGAUCGGGAUCCUUGGGAUCCACAACUUCAGUCAGCAGUGGGACGGCCACAGCUGCCACUCAUGCUGCAGCUGACUUGGGAUCACCCAGCUUGCAGCACAGCAGGGAUGAUUCUUUAGAUCUCAGCCCUCAAGGUCGAUUAAGUGAUGUUCUAAAGAGAAAACGACUGCCAAAACGAGGGCCAAGAAGGCCAAAGUACUCACCUCCAAGAGAUGAUGACAAAGUAGACAAUCAAGCUAAAAGCCCCACCACUACUCAGUCACCUAAAUCUUCCUUCCUGGCAAGCUUGAAUCCAAAAACAUGGGGAAGGUUAAGUACACAGUCCAACAGCAACAACAUUGAGCCAGCACGGACUGCGGGAGGUAGUGGCCUUGCCAGGGCUGCCUCAAAGGAUACCAUCUCCAAUAAUAGAGAAAAAAUUAAAGGUUGGAUUAAGGAGCAGGCACAUAAAUUUGUAGAACGUUAUUUCAGUUCUGAGAAUAUGGAUGGAAGCAACCCUGCAUUGAAUGUCCUUCAGAGACUUUGUGCUGCAACCGAACAACUCAACCUCCAGGUGGAUGGUGGAGCUGAGUGCCUUGUAGAAAUCCGUAGCAUAGUCUCAGAGUCAGAUGUUUCAUCAUUUGAAAUCCAACAUAGUGGAUUUGUGAAGCAGCUGUUGCUUUAUUUGACAUCUAAAAGUGAAAAGGAUGCUGUGAGCAGAGAGAUCAGAUUAAAGAGAUUUCUUCAUGUAUUUUUUUCUUCUCCACUUCCUGGAGAAGAGCCCAUUGGAAGAGUGGAACCAGUGGGUAAUGCACCUUUGUUGGCAUUAGUUCACAAGAUGAACAACUGCCUCAGCCAGAUGGAACAAUUUCCAGUCAAAGUACAUGAUUUCCCUAGUGGAAAUGGGACAGGAGGCAGCUUUUCUCUCAACAGAGGAUCACAGGCUUUAAAAUUUUUCAACACACAUCAAUUAAAAUGCCAGUUACAAAGACAUCCAGACUGUGCAAAUGUGAAGCAGUGGAAGGGUGGACCUGUCAAGAUUGACCCUCUGGCUUUGGUACAAGCCAUCGAGAGAUACCUUGUAGUUAGAGGGUAUGGAAGAGUAAGAGAAGAUGAUGAAGACAGCGAUGACGAUGGAUCAGAUGAGGAAAUAGAUGAGUCUCUGGCUGCUCAGUUCCUAAAUUCAGGAAAUGUAAGACACAGGCUGCAGUUUUAUAUUGGAGAACAUUUGCUGCCGUAUAACAUGACUGUGUAUCAGGCAGUACGGCAGUUUAGUAUACAGGCUGAAGAUGAAAGAGAAUCCACAGAUGAUGAGAGCAAUCCUCUAGGCAGAGCUGGUAUUUGGACAAAGACUCAUACAAUAUGGUAUAAACCUGUGAGAGAGGAUGAAGAAAGUAAUAAAGAUUGUGUUGGUGGUAAAAGAGGAAGAGCCCAAACAGCUCCAACGAAAACUUCCCCUAGAAAUGCAAAAAAGCAUGAUGAGUUAUGGCACGAUGGAGUGUGCCCAUCAGUAUCAAAUCCUUUAGAAGUUUACCUCAUUCCCACACCACCUGAAAAUAUAACAUUUGAAGACCCGUCAUUAGAUGUGAUCCUUCUUUUAAGAGUUUUACAUGCUAUCAGUCGAUACUGGUAUUACUUGUAUGAUAAUGCAAUGUGCAAGGAAAUUAUUCCAACUAGUGAAUUUAUUAACAGUAAGUUAACAGCAAAAGCAAAUAGGCAACUUCAAGAUCCUUUAGUAAUCAUGACAGGAAACAUCCCAACAUGGCUUACUGAGCUAGGAAAAACCUGCCCAUUUUUCUUUCCUUUUGAUACCCGGCAAAUGCUUUUUUAUGUAACUGCAUUUGAUCGGGACCGAGCAAUGCAAAGAUUACUUGAUACCAACCCAGAAAUCAACCAGUCUGAUUCUCAAGAUAGCAGAGUUGCACCUAGAUUGGAUAGAAAAAAACGUACUGUGAACCGAGAGGAGCUGCUGAAACAGGCGGAGUCUGUGAUGCAGGACCUCGGCAGCUCACGGGCCAUGUUAGAAAUCCAGUAUGAAAAUGAGGUUGGUACAGGUCUUGGGCCUACACUGGAGUUUUAUGCGCUUGUAUCUCAGGAACUACAGAGAGCUGACUUGGGUCUUUGGAGAGGUGAAGAAGUAACUCUUAGCAAUCCAAAAGGGAGCCAAGAAGGGACCAAGUAUAUUCAAAACCUCCAGGGCCUGUUUGCGCUUCCCUUUGGUAGGACAGCAAAGCCAGCUCAUAUCGCAAAGGUUAAGAUGAAGUUUCGCUUCUUAGGAAAAUUAAUGGCCAAGGCUAUCAUGGAUUUCAGAUUGGUGGACCUUCCCCUUGGCUUACCCUUUUAUAAAUGGAUGCUACGGCAAGAAACUUCACUGACAUCACACGAUUUGUUUGACAUCGACCCAGUUGUAGCCAGAUCAGUUUAUCACCUAGAAGACAUUGUCAGACAGAAGAAAAGACUUGAACAAGAUAAAUCCCAGACCAAAGAGAGUCUACAGUAUGCAUUAGAAACCUUGACUAUGAAUGGCUGCUCAGUUGAAGAUCUAGGACUGGAUUUCACUCUGCCAGGGUUUCCCAAUAUCGAACUGAAGAAAGGAGGGAAGGAUAUACCAGUCACUAUCCACAAUUUAGAGGAGUAUCUAAGACUGGUUAUAUUCUGGGCACUAAAUGAAGGCGUUUCUAGGCAAUUUGAUUCGUUCAGAGAUGGAUUUGAAUCAGUCUUCCCACUCAGUCAUCUUCAGUACUUCUACCCGGAGGAACUGGAUCAGCUCCUUUGUGGCAGUAAAGCAGACACUUGGGAUGCAAAGACACUGAUGGAAUGCUGUAGGCCUGAUCACGGUUAUACUCAUGACAGUCGGGCUGUGAAGUUUUUGUUUGAGAUUCUCAGUAGUUUUGAUAAUGAGCAGCAGAGGUUAUUUCUCCAGUUUGUGACUGGUAGCCCAAGAUUGCCUGUUGGAGGAUUCCGGAGUUUGAAUCCACCUUUGACAAUUGUCCGAAAGACGUUUGAAUCAACAGAAAACCCAGAUGAUUUCUUGCCCUCUGUAAUGACUUGUGUGAACUAUCUUAAGUUGCCGGACUAUUCAAGCAUUGAGAUAAUGCGUGAAAAACUGUUGAUAGCAGCAAGAGAAGGGCAGCAGUCGUUCCAUCUUUCCUGAUCACAACAAGAAAUGCAGUGUCUGCCUGUUACAGCAAAAGAAACAAAUCAUGAUUUCUUUUCUAAUGUUAUCACCUGAGUCAAGGAAACAUGUUACGCCUUCUUGUUGUAGGAAAAACGGCUUGCAGAUUAUAAAGAGACAUUUGGUUGAUAUUCAUUAAUGGCCCCAUGGACUUAAAGUGAUCAGGCCCUAAAACGUUGUUGUGAUGAGGUUUCUUUAGCAAGUUCUUGUUUAAAUUAUCAUUUAUUUGAUGAGUGAAGUUUUUAACAUGCUUUGCUGUGUGAAAUUUAAAAAAGGGAUGUUUUUCCAGGCUGGAACAAUAAAUGUGGCUGUGCAGUUUAA